CCCGGAAGGCGCGUUUGGCUGUGUGUGUUAGUCGGUGAGGGGGCUGAGUGAGCCAGAGGGUCCUAAGCGAAGAUGAGCGAUGCUACAGAGGGCAGUGACCCGGACCACCUGCUGGACACGCUGCAAGCUCUCUGGCAGAAGAAGGACAUCGCAGAGGUUCGAGCUGAAGCCAGGGACGCCUUCUCCCGGAUGGCCGAUCCCUACGACGGGCUGCUGCAGAUUCUGGAGCGCUGCGGUGAGGUGACCAAGUCCAAGGGGGGCUCCCUGGCCCACUGCCUCCUGGGCGAAUUCCAACAGUGGCUGAAGAAAGGGCCCCACGCAGGUCCAGCGCACCCGCCUGACAUGAGCACCAAGCUGCGGGCGCUGAAGCUCAUCGUGGAGAAGCAGCCCACCUCCCUGGAGGCCAUGGUGGACAUCUUCCUGCUGGGCACACUGGAGCGUGGCCUCCUUGUCCAGCAUUUGCACAGCCUGCUCCAGCGGGGCAAAUACAAGGAGGUUGUGCUUUUCAGUGUGAAGUUGAAUCUGCAAUCGGAGCUCGAAAUGGAAAAGGUUUGUGUCCCCCUUAUCUUGAUGGACAAGCUGCAGCUGGCAGAGACGUUUGUGUCGCACUCCGUGGACUUGCAGCGCCACCUACUGAGGCUUCUCGACUCCUGGUGUGCUCGGGACUUCGACUCGGAAUCACUUUACAGCCAGUAUCCCGGGUCUUCCUCAUCCCUGAAGACAAGCCGCCUAAACCCCAGCGUGCUGAGGAAGCAGGUGUUCCGCCUCAUGGAGCGCCUCAAGGUGGACGCAGCCUUUUGCCCAAACGUCGUGGCCCAGAGACGCCUGGCAUCACUGAGCUUCCUCAUGUAUAAACGCUUUGUGGAGAAAAGCAUGUCUGAGGAGGACUGGGAGGACCACGUGCAGAGCACCGUGGGUGACGACCAGGACCUCCAGCAGCAGCUCAUCCACCUCCUGGUGCGCAACAGUGACCUGAGGACGGCCGCUCGGUGGGCAUCUCGCUACGCCGUGCCCAAGGAGCUCCUGCCCCUGGGUGUGGAUGACUAUCUGGAGGGCGCACAGGCCAGGUCAGAGGCCAUUGGUGUGCUAAAGGCGGAGGACAGUUGGGGACGCCAAGCUGGCACGAGCGAGGACACCCAUUACCAGCUUCCUAUUGCCCUGGGGGACGUGCACUUAGUGGACACGGCGGCUCGGCUGGAGGAAUGUCGGGAGGUCCUGCUGAAGCCCGACACGACGGUGGGACUGGAUAUGGAAUGGCGUCCGUCCUUUGGUUCCGUGUCCCGACCGCGGGUGUCGCUGAUCCAGCUGGCGGUGCGAGACGCCGUCUACCUGCUGGACCUCCUGGCUCUGGAGCGGGGGGAGCAGACGGUGCAGCUCGUGGGGUUCAUGCGAAGCCUCUUCCUGGAUCCCAGCAUCACCAAACUUGGUUACGGAUUGGACGGGGACCUCCGCACCUUUGCUGCUAUGUGGCCAGAGCUCCAGGACGACCCCAUUAAGUCAGCUGGCAUGCUGGACCUCCUAGGAGUUCACAAGAGGCUCAUGAGAAGCCAUGCCCCAGAGCACAGGGCCUGCAGGCCCACAUCCAAGGUGGACGGACCACCGGAGAAGGGCCUCAGUCUGCUGGUGCAGUUGGUCCUGGGGAAGCGGCUGAACAAGUCGGAGCAGCUGUCCAACUGGGAGAGGCGCCCCCUACUGCCCGAGCAGGUGCGCUAUGCAGCCAUCGAUGCCUACUGCCUGCUGGACGUGUACCACAAGCUGUCCCAGGAGUCCCCGUCGGUGGAGGGCUUGUGCCAACUCGCUGCCAGUCCCAGUGCGGGGGAGAAGGAUUACAAGAGGAAGCCAAAGCAGAGCGGUGCCCCUGAGCAGCCCCCUGUGCCAAGCCCUCAGCUGGCAUCCAAUGAGCCAUUGUGCCCAGGCGAGUUUCGGGUCGUCUGUGACAACAUGCUGCAAGGUUUGGGCCGCUACCUGCGCUGCGUGGGGGUGGACGUCAAGAUCCUGGACAACGAUGAUGACCACCGGCAGGCGGCAGAGAUAGCAAGACGGGAAGGUCGUGUCAUCCUCACCUGCGGGAUGCCUUAUCAGAAGCUGAGUUCUCAGGUUGCAGCUGGCCGCUGCCUGUACGUCAGCUCCUCGGAGAAGGCGCGGGAGCAAGCGCUGCAGGUCAUCCGGCACUUCAAUGUCCAAGUGACUCAGGCGGACAUCUUCAGCCGCUGCCAGGCCUGCAACGGGGACGAGUACCUGAAGCUGCUCAGAGAGGACAUGGCGAAAUUGAUAGAGGCCAAAGGCCUCAUGCCACUGGACGACCAGGCCGGCCUGGAGGUGGAAAGCCCGGGCACAGCGGAGCGUUCGCUCAUCCAGCGCUACACCCCGAAGUGUCGGUGGGCUUCAGCGUCCCAGCUGGACCAGGACACACUCCACUUCCCUAGCGGGGCGCGCCUUCAGGUGGAGACCGUCCCACCGGGCCUUCUGGACAAGGUGGACCACUUCUACUGCUGCACGGGCUGUGGCAAGGUCUUCUGGGAAGGCUCCCACUUCGGCCGCGUGCUGGCCCAGUUUCAGGAGGUGCUGCAGAUCAGCGAUGACAGAAGGGACCUCCUCGAGUGAACCAAAGCCCACCGGUCAACCCCAUGGAGUCUGCGCUGGCCAAGUGAGCGAGGUGGGCUGUCCCGUUCGGUCAGCGUGGAUGCCACUGCGCACUGCUGUCGGUUGGUUUUCCUUCCUUUCACAUUUAACUCUGUGAGGACAUUUGGCUGACUGAGUGGGCAGACCCCCCAAAGUGGACGGCUGUGCCGAUCCCCCGAGCCAGUGUCCAUCCAUCGUUACGUUCAGCCUGCCUGCCUCAGACGUGGACAUACCGUGCUCAUUAAAGGUAUCAUUGGAGAUGAAUAAAGCUGCCCUUUUAUCGGU